AUGGAGGAAUCUGUAAACCUCUCAGCGCCCCGACAAGAAGAGUUCGGAGAAGUCAGCAGCUGCAGAUCUAGGAGAAUGGCUCGACGGGCUGCUGACCGAGAGGAUCCGCGAAACGAAGCUAAGGGACUGUCGCAGCAAGUCCGGGAGGAAUUUAGUAAAUGGAGGCGUGAGCAUGGCCACCGGUCGUCCGAACCUGAAGCGCCCCUACUGCGCAACCCCUUUACGGCAGAUGUAAUGAGCCUCCCCUACCCUCACGACUUGCGAAUACCGGGGAAUAAAGGUUACGAUGGAAAAACCGACCCGGAAGCACACAUUAACUCCUACUAUGGAAACAUGCUGAUGAUGGGAGUAACCGACGUAGUAAUGUGUCGAGUGUUUUACUCAACCUUGACAGGGAGGGCAGCAGACUGGUUCCAAACAUUGGAGCCCGGUUCAAUCGCCUGUUUCGCGAAGUUGGCGAAAAAGUUCGUGCACAAAUUCGCCACCUCCAAAGAAGUCCGGAAACACUUCACUUACCUUGAAAAGGCCAAGCAACUAGAAGGUGAGUCCUUGACGGACUUCCUCAUCAAAUGGAAGGCAGCGAUCGGCGAGGUUGAACCCCUCGACGACCGGACAGCGAUCAACGUGUUGCAUUCCAAUUUGCGUGCCGGGGCCCUAUACCAAGAAUUCAUCCUACACCCUCCGGCUACCUACGAUGAGGCAAUCCGAAGGGUAACUGGCUAUGCUAAUGCUGGUGAAGCCAAUUUCGCCAAGCGCCAACAAGAGGCCGGCAGCAGCCGAAAACCGCAGGGCCGACAAGAGGAGGGAGGACGAACGACAGAUCCGGCCGAGGGCGAGGAAGAACACCCGACUUUACCCCCUUGA